AUGGCGCUCGGGUACCUGUUGUUCCUGGUGAACGGGCUGUCGUCGACGGCGACGUCGAAGGCGAUCAGCGAGUUCUACCGGUUCAACCCACACACGCGGGGGACUAACCCGUACGACUACAAGACGACGGCGGAUCGGCUGUCGAAGAGCUUCCCCUACGACGACUCUCCGCGUAGAAUCGACAAGAACAUCUUCCAGAUGUGGAAGGUUCCGAUCACAGACCCCGACUUCCCGCACAGAAACUUGGUGUCGAAGUGGAGAAACGAGAACCCGACGUACAAGUACAACCUCCUCACGGACGCGGAGAUCCACGACAAGUUGGUGAUGCACUUCUCGAACACGGUGCCGGAGGUGGUGGAGGCGUUCGACUUGAUGCCCAACAAGAUCAUCCAGAGCGACUUUGCGCGGUACUUGCUCAUCUUCCUCUUUGGAGGGCUGUACUCGGACAUCGACACGAGGCUGGAGAAGCCCGUGGACACGUGGUUCGACUCGGACAGAAACGUGGGCUUUGUUGUGGCGAUCGAGGAGGACAUGAACGUGGAGAACUGGGAGCACUACAUGAGCAGGAGAAUCCAGUUCGAGCAGUGGACGUUCAAGGCCAAGCCCAGACACCCGAUCUUGCGCAAGUUGAUUGCCAAGAUCGUCGAGACGACCUUCAACGCCGCCAAAAACAAUAAGUUGCAGGCCUACUACAAGGACUUCAAGGGCGUCGACAAGUGCUCCUCCGUCGACAUCAUGGAGUGGACUGGCCCCGUCGUCUGGACCGACACCAUCUACGGCCACUUGAACUCCUUGGAGAACCCCACCAUCGUCGACAUCGACUCCACCCGCUCCAUCACCGGCGAGUUGUACGGCCCGCCCCUGGACAAGGAGCAGUUGAUUUCCUGGAAGUUCUUCACCGGCUUGGUGGCCCCCGUCAUGGUCGACGACGUCGUCAUCUACCCUAAGGCCUCCUUCAGAGAGGACACCGAAAACAACUGCGGCAAGUACUGCUACAUCUUCCACGAAUUUGGAGGCUCCUGGAAAAACAACGGUAAGGGCGAGAUCAAGCCAAAGGAUGGCCUGCUCGAGGACGAAGACGUUGCUCCACAGCAGAAGAAGAAGCUUGUCAAGAGAGGCCUCUUUUCAGACGAUAGCGACUGCGACCACCCUUAUAGUCCAGUCCGCUGA